AUGAUCAUUGGCAAGCAAGUUUUUCUGGCGGUGUGCACGCUGUUUCUGUUCACAGCGUUCAUUUUGACAAUUGUGGCAACGGCUGGCUCGUCGUCUAACUACUCACCUAUCAAUAAGGUGUAUCUGGGCGAGGCAGAUCUGUCGCACAUUAACGUGACCAAAGUGGUGCCCGCGACGGCGCCCAUCCUAACCGUGUUGGCGCAGAUCAUGGGCGCGCCCAACGCAUCCUACCCCAGAAUCUUCAACGCGCUCAAAAGUGCGUCGCAAACCGCGGCUUUGAAACCUCUCUUGGGCCUUCUCGCCGACUCCAGCAACGUGACUUCGACGGUGGGCGCGCUGACAGUGCUCGCGCCUCUUGCGGCCCAGGGCAACAGCGCACAGCUCCAGGAGGUGGGUGAACUCAUUGAGAACUCGAACAACGUGUCUGCCACCUUGGGAGGCCUCGGUAUGCUGCUCGAGACCGCAAACUCCACGGACGCCAGCUCCGAGGCGCUUGUGUUCGAACUUUUGGAGGACUCCAACAACGCUACCGAAACCGUUCAGUCGCUUUACACUUUGAACAACAUGUCUUUGGCGGAAAAGGCGCAGCUGGCGCCUGUCUUUGCCAUCUUCAACGACUCUUCCAACGCCACUGCGACUUUAUACGCCCUGGGCACUUUGAUGACCACCAACAUCUCCAGUUCCAUGGCGUCGAGCCUCAUGUCGUUGUUGGAAAACAGCGCUAGUCCAGCCAGCGCGCUUGAGCAAUUGGCGGGCUCUUUGCCAGCUUCCAUGAAUGCAUCCGUCACCGCAUUAGAAACGUUACUUUCAAGCUCUAACAAUGUGAACGGCACUAUCACUGUUUUGGGAGAGUUGCUCGAACAAAAUGUCACUACUUCCCCAUCUGCACAAGCUGCGUUUGGAGCCUUGACGGUGAUGCUAAUGGAAGCUAACAACAAGACUCUUGUAAUUGAUUCUGUUGCCACUUUGGCCACUUCGAGCGGUUCCUCCACCACUGCCCAACUGGGCGGGUUGGAGAGCUUGCUAAGUGCUUCUGAAAAUACCACCGAGACUUUGAGCAUUUUGGAAGAGGUGCAGUCUAGCAACAGUUCGAGCACGGGUUCCACCGCCAUCACUGCCUUGUACUCUUUGAUUGGCAAUUCUACCAACUCUACUGGCACUUUGAUGUCAUUGCUAGAGUUGACCAGUGCAGUCCAGGCCAAUAGCACUGCUUUCAUUCCACUACUCCAAGUAUUGGGUACUGCCAGUUACAACAGUUCGGCAGUCUCACCAGAGGCGCUGUACGAAAUUACUCCAAUCAUCAUGGAUAAUUUGAAUGUGCAUUCCCUUUACAGAUUGAGCAUCUUUACGUUGUGCAGAGGUCUCAGCAAUGGUUCCUCUUGGUCUUGCAACUCUCCACAUGCCGUCCAAUCCUUCUACAUGAGAGAUAUCUUGUACGACGAAUUGGACAACUCCGACUUCAGACCAUACAUGCAAGCCUUGAACAUCGGCAAAGACGACUUGUACCUAGAGGGUAAGUUACAAAGCAAGGAAAAGGAUUACGUUCCUGCUGUGAGAGCUGUGUUGGCCUUCAACUUGCUGGCGAUCAUUUUGUCAUUCUUCACCGUUGUGCUCGCGUUGUACUUCAUGUUCAAGCACACUGCCGAUGGGAAGCCUAAUUUCUGCGCCAUGUGGACUGCAAGAACGUUUGCGUUCCUCACUGCUUUGUUCUUGCUUCUAUCGGGCGCCAUCGUGGCUGCCUUUGUUCGUAUUAUCAAGACCGACACUAAGGACGACGACUACAAUGUGACGUUUGCUAUGGGAUCAGCUUUCUCAGGUCUGGUGUGGGCAGCGUUUGCAUUGGCGUUUAUUUCUUUCAUCCUGCUCUUGAUGGUUCGUUGCAGAAACAGAAAGGGCGAAGUUGUCGGGGAGAAGAACGACAUUGGACCUUCCAGUUCCGAUGAGGCUGAGGGGUCAGAGAAGGAUCACCACCAGGCCAACGUUGUGUCAACCAAUGACACCGCGUGA